AUGCAAGUAAUUCCACGUGAAACAAUCUCCCCAGAAACCCAAUUAAAGCACAUUCUUGACGCCCAUAGCCGCGGCAACUCUCUUGAUGAUCCCAAUUAUGCCUGCGUGACAUUGCAGUACUACUACUACACUCUCUUCACAACAACCACUAUCAUCACCUUCAAGAUGUUCUCCAAGCUCAUCAUCGUCGCUCUCUCCACCCUCGCUAUUGCGGCUCCCCUCCAGCCCCAAACUCUGGGCAGCAUCACCUUCUACACCCCCGGCAAGGGCGCCUGCGAAGAGGACAACGGCGACGCCGACAUGGUCGCUGCCAUCGGCAAAGGUCUCUACGACUCUGGCGACUACUGCGGCAAGCAGAUCAAGCUCAAGGGUGAUGUUGGUGAGGUGAUUGUCACUGUCGUUGAUCGCUGCGACGGCUGCGCCGACAACGAUCUCGACGUUUCUCCCGCCGCCUUCGAGAAGUCGAUGGGCUCUAAGGAAAUCGGCCGCGCCAAUGGCCAAUGGAACUGGGUCUAA